AUGACGGGGCCCAUAGGAACUGGAGGCUUCGCCUCCUUGGGGCCUUGUGGCGCGGAGACGGAGGCCGCAAGGGCGGGUAGGCGCCAGGACGAGGAGCGGCAACAGUACAUCACCAAGAUACCUUCUUCUUCCUUCCUCCGCGUCAUUACGGAACGAGGAGACAGGCUCAGCGCCGCUGAUGCCCUCUUCGCGGUCCCUGUUGGCGAACAGCAGCGGCUGGUGGAGCGCUUCAUUGAAUACGCAGAGCAGGUGAGAGGGGCCCAACUUCACCUGCUGCGGGAGCACGACGGCUCGGCAGUUGCAGAGCGGUUUCUGCAGCAAGUCGAGAGCCUUCAGCGUCCGUUUACUGCAGCCGAUGCUGCAGCAGACAUUGCAGGGCAAAGCAACAGCAACGGCUGCAGCACGAACGGCAGCAGCAGCCGCAGCAGCAGCAGCAACAGGAGCGUAACCUCGAGGCCCCCGCCCAUGGGCAACAAGGAAGGUCUCGGGGGGCAGCAUCCUUCAGUUGUGCGGUUUCGUCUGAUAGAAGGAGCUGUCUCUUCGCUGGUUCUGGGCACAGGGGCGGGGGCUGGCUGCGGGUCGCAGGCGCAGACGCGAGUGUCUCCGGGUUUCCAAGGCGGAGACAGCGAUGCCGUUACACACGGCAGCAGCACGAUGAGCACCAAUGGUGAGGGAGAAGAGGAGGAGGCCCCGUUUGCUUUUCAGAUGGAGAGCUUCUUACAACUUGCAGCAAAUGAGAUCGCGACUAAAGAGCUGAUGGGAUGGGAGAGCCAGACGGAGAUGAACGCUGCGGCCGUGCAGCUGAGGUGCCGCCGGGUCAUCAUGGCCGGGGCACUUGUCCCUCUCGCCCUCGAUGAUACCCUCGUUAUUGAACACAAGGUGACCCUCCGCAGAGGGACACUCUCCUCCGCAUCCAAAAAGACUCCCCACACCAAUGGGGCCGCUGCUCAGGAGACGCCGCCAGUUGCACUCGAUAUCAUGGGGGACACAGAGAGACUGCGAGACACGCUACACCAACACGCAUAUCAAGGUUGUCUCCGCGUCCCCGUCACAGACCAGUUCAAGGCACAGCGGGGAGCGAGACGAGGAAGUACGUGCCAAGAGCUUGCGGCCAGCGUGGUCGUGCUGGCGCGGUCAGACGAGCCCAGGUGUCUGUCCAUCUUUUAUCACUUCCGAGACCAUCAAGAAGGCAGCUUCAUCAUCGACUCGCCGGAAUGGAGAGAGAUGCAGGAGGCUCUGGCCCCGCUGGUGGCUUCAAGGGAAGUUUUGACCUUCAGGGGUCUCCUGCACACGCGACGCGAACAGACAGGGCUUUGCUACGGACCUCCAGUUGGCCUUGAUGUGCCCGCCUUCACCCCGCUGCGUGCCCCCCGCGACACCUGUGACUGGGCCUCCCAACUGGACGGCAGCGCUGUGGUUCAGUUGGACUCGAAGCUGCAGGAGUUUGUGCCCCAGCUCCGGCAGCGGUUCUUGACGCUCACGGAGACACUUGCAGCAAUUAAGGACUCGUUCGGCAGCCUCGAAGCUUUCGCAGCGGGGCACAAACUCUUCGGUCUACAGCGCUCCGUAGUUGACGGCAUGCCAGGGUACGCCUACCGAGAGUGGCUGCCGAACGCCAAGGCGGUGUAUCUCUUUGGGGACUUCAACAACUGGGACCGCUCUUCCCACCCUCUUCAGCGUGAACGUCGUGGGGUUGCGCCUUUCUUCUUCGAGGCCUCGUUGGGGGCCCUAAAGGGCCGGAAGGUCGAAAGCUCAGCUGACCAAACACCCGAAGAGCAGCUUAGCUCCGUCUGGUCCAUCUUCCUACCUGACAGACCUGACGGAUCUCCUGCGCUCUCUCAUCGCUGCCGGCUGCGCGUGCUGGUGGUACCUCAAGAAGGAGACCCUAUCGACAGAGUGCCUAGCUGGUCCCGAGUCGUCUGGCGCAGCGAGGACUCCGGGCUCUUCAACGCAGUCCUGUGGAACCCGCCAGAGGAGGAACGGCAUAUUUUUCGGUAUCCAAGGCCCCGCGUGCCAGCUGACGUUGCUCCCGCCAUAUAUGAGGCGCACAUUGGCAGUUCCAGCGGGGAGGAGGGGCGCGUUGGAACAUUUGUGGAGUUCACUGAGACGCUGCUGCCACGCAUCAAGAACUUGGGAUACAACACCGUACUGCUCCUUGACGUGGUCGAGCAUGCAGAUUUCGCGAGCUUUGGGCUUUACGUGACAAACCACUUUGCAGUCAGCAGCCGCCUGGGGACAGUGGAAGAGUUUAAAGCCCUAGUAGACAAAGCGCAUGCGCUGGGCUUGCGGGUAUUGAUAAGUCUCUGUCACGCACAUUCUUCCAAGAACGUCAUGGAUGGACUGGGCUGUAUAGACGGCGGUGACAACAACUACUUCGUCAGUGGCCCUUCAGGAGUUGUAGAGGAGGCCAAGGUCUUCGACUUCUCAAAAACCGAAGUUGUGCGCUUUCUCCUCUCGAACAUAACUUACUGGAUUACCGAAUUUCAGCUCGACGGCUUUCGACUGGAAGGCGUGCCAUGGAUGCUGUACGACCAGCGCAGCGUGCUGCGUCAGCCGGACGUAUACGACUACUCCGCGUAUCUGAGCCGGGACUUGUGUGCCUCUGGCGUGUUGUACCUGUCUCUCGCGAACUCUCUCCUCUCCUCGCUGCUGCCAGCGGACCAGCGCCUCUCCAUUGCGCAGGAAUGUACAGGCUACCCCACCCUGUGCAGGCCCAUCUCGCAGGGCGGUCUAGGCUUCGACUACCGGCUCGACAGCUCCCUCAGCCAAAACCUCCGCCGCCUCAUCCGGCAAUCAGGGCACCGCCAGGGGCGCUGGAUGACUGCUCAAGUUCUUUGGGCCCUUGCCAGCAAGCCAAACACGGAGAAAGUUCUCGUCGCCGUAGAAGACGCCGAUACCACAAGAUUCUGCAGGAGGCGCCUGAAGAUCGCGCUGUUUGCUUGGGAAUCGUUGCACACGCAUGCGGUCGGAGGUGUAGCUCCGCACGUGACGGAGCUGGCGGCGGGUCUGUCGCGACAAGGUCACGAAGUGCAUGUGUUUGUUCGGGCGAUGGAGUCAUGCGGCGGCUGCUCGGAGCACUAUGGUGUGAUGUACCAUGAGUGCACGUUUGAUUUGGAUCGAGAUUUCGUGGUGGAGAUACAAAACAUGUGCGAAAGCUUCAUUGCCUGCAUGCUGAGCGUUGAGGAAUCAAUGGGGACGGAGUUCGAAAUCUGCCACGCACACGACUGGCUCACCGGCAGGGCCCUCAUUAGGGCCAAGCAAAUGGCAAGUCGUUUGUUGUUUCAACCGGCUGGAAGAACUGCUAUCCUCACGAUGCACUCAACGGAGUUCGGCCGUUGCGGCAACAACAACUAUGGCGGCGUAUCGAAGCGCAUUCGAGACAUCGAGGCUGAGGCGUGUCACCUGGCUGACCGCGUAAUAUGCGUGAGCGGAGUGCUGGCGGAGGAAGUGAGGGCUCAGUACGGGGUGCACCCCGCAAAGAUGACGGUCAUUUACAACGGCAUUAACUGCAACAAGUUCGACGGAGAGGUAGACCCUGGGGCGGUCAAGCACACAUACGGAGUGGGGGCUCUUGACCCCAUGUUUCUGUUCGUCGGUAGAAUGGUCGUUCAGAAGGGUCCCGACCUCCUGCUAGAGGCGGUUCCCUUCAUCCACAAGUUCAGAGGUGACGCCAAGUUCGUCUUUGUGGGAGACGGCCACAUGAUGGAGAGUCUGAAGGGACGUGCAGCUCAGCUGGGCGUCACCCAUUCCGUGCGGUUUGUGGGGAAGAUGGGGGGCGGAGCUUUGCAUGCGCUUUUCAAAUCCUGCGACGCUGUGGUGGUGCCCUCAAGAAACGAGCCAUUUGGCAUAGUCGUUCUCGAGGCGUGGAGUGCCUCCAAACCCGUCGUGGCGACGAAUAGCGGGGGCCCUAGGGAUUUUGUCAAUCCAAACAUCACGGGUGUUCUUGUGGAUCCCACCCCUGGGAGCAUCGCCUGGGGCUGCUGUGAGAUCCUGAAGAACUUUGAACAUGCGCGGUGGAUGGGGUCUCGAGGCCGCGUGACGGCGGCCUUCAGUUUCAGCUGGGACUCCAUAGCGCAGCAGACUCGGGAAAUAUACUAUGAGCAGCGCAACAAACACGACACCCCCCCUAACUGGAGCUACAGCAGCGAAGGGGACGACACGCUUGCGUUUGCUCUUAUCGGCCCAGCAAUGUAUGAACACAUGUCAGUGGAAGACUGCGACCCGCACGUGCUGAGUGGAUUGGCGCUGUGGCGGUUGUAUCGUUUGCUGGGGUCAGGCUUGGCGGACGGGCGCAUGAACUUCAUGGCGAACGAGUUCGCCCAUCCCGACGGGCUGGACUUGCCACGUCCUGCUAAUCAUUUUUCUAUGGCGAAGGCCUUCAGGCGGUGGAACUUGGCGGACAGCCCGGCCCUCAAAUUCACCCAGUGCGAGCUUUUUGACUGUUGCCUUAACCACUGGGAAAGUGUUUUUGGCUGGCAGUCUGCCACCCACCUCUACGUCGUCAAGUGCGAUGAAGAGGCCCAGGUAGUUGUCCUAGAGCGGGGACAGUGUUUGUUCGCAUUUAACUUCCACCCCCACAACAGUUAUGAGGGCUUCCACGUGGGAUGUAUGUACAACGAGCCCAUGCGGCUUUUCCUGGACAGUGACGAAAAGCGGUUUGGGGGGUUCGGUAGGCUCGCCCCAAGAACGCAGCAUCCAGCAACAGAGGCCAAGGAUAGCCGGCCGCACUCUGUCAGAAUUUAUCUCCCUUCAAGCACUUGCGCAGUUUACGUUCGGGACUCGGUGUAUUGCGAGAAGGAACCCGUGAUAGCGGCGACCCCGGUGCUUUCAAUGGAGCCGGACGCAUACGUGGACUACCGCAAAGAGGAUAGAAGUUGGAAGAAUUGA